GCCGGCGGCCGCCGCGGAGCUGGGAACGGCGGCGGCAUCCUUACCCUCACUGGUCGCGGCCGGAGACUGGACGCCGGCGAAACCUCUCGGCGGCGCUCUCCCAUGAGUUGGGAUCGCAGCAUCCCCCCGCCAGCCGCUCACCGCCUCCGGGAGCCGCUGGGCUUGUACACCGCGGCUUCUCCAGGAAAACAGCUGUGACUCCCCCCACCACACACAAGUCCAGAUUUCGGGACAGCUCUCUAGAAACUCGCUCUAAAGACGGAACCGCCACAGCACUCAAAGCCCACUGCGGGAGAGCGCAGCCCGGCAAGCCCGGGCGCUGAGCCUGGACCCUCAGCGGAGCCGGGCAGCAGUGCCGCCGCUUCGCCUAGUCGGACAUCCCCACUUCCUACACUCUCAGCCUCUGCUGGAGAAACCCCCAGCCCCACCAUUCAGCGCGCAAGAUACCCUCCAGGCCCUCGUCACCUUUUUUCAACUCAAGAUUUCAUCCCAUACACGCAUGACUCAAUCAGAUUUGGAAAUGUGGAUAUGCCCUGCGUGCAAGCCCAGUAUAGCCCUUCGCCUCCAGGGUCCACUUAUGCAGCGCAGACGUAUGGCUCGGAAUACACCACGGAAAUCAUGAACCCCGACUAUACCAAGCUGACCAUGGACCUUGGCAGCACGGAGAUUAUGGCCACCGCCACAACGUCGCUGCCCAGCUUCAGUACCUUCAUGGAGGGCUACCCCAGCAGCUGUGAACUCAAGCCCUCCUGCUUGUACCAAAUGCCUCCUUCCGGGCCAAGGCCUUUGAUCAAGAUGGAGGAGGGCCGCACGCACGGCUACCACCACCAUCACCACCAUCAUCACCAUCACCACCACCAUCACCAGCAACAGCAGCCGUCCAUUCCUCCUCCGUCGGGCCCGGAGGAUGAGGUCCUGCCCAGCACCUCCAUGUACUUCAAGCAGUCCCCGCCGUCGACCCCCACCACGCCGGGCUUCCCCCCGCAGGCGGGGACGCUGUGGGACGACGCGCUGCCCUCUGCUCCCGGCUGCAUCCCGCCUGGCCCGCUGCUGGACCCGCAGAUGAAGACGGUGCCGCCGGUGGCCAGCGCGCGCUUCCCACUCUUCCAUUUCAAGCCCUCUCCGCCGCAUCCGCCCGCGCCCAGCCCGGCAGGUGGUCACCACCUCGGUUACGACCCGACGGCCGCCGCAGCGCUCAGCCUGCCUCUGGGAGCCGCCGCCGCGGGCAGCCAGGCUGCUGCGCUAGAGAGCCACCCCUAUGGGCUCCCGCUAACCAAGAGGACGGCCACGCUGACCUUCCCGCCGCUGGGCAUCGCGGCCUCCCCUACCGCCUCCAGCCUGCUAGGAGAGAGCCCCAGCCUGCCGUCACCACCCAACAGGAGCUCGUCAUCAGGCGAGGGCACGUGUGCGGUGUGCGGGGACAACGCAGCCUGCCAGCACUACGGGGUGCGCACCUGUGAGGGCUGCAAGGGCUUCUUCAAGAGAACAGUGCAGAAAAACGCAAAAUAUGUUUGCCUGGCAAAUAAAAACUGCCCAGUUGACAAGAGACGUCGAAACCGAUGUCAGUACUGCCGAUUUCAGAAGUGUCUCAGCGUCGGAAUGGUUAAAGAAGUUGUGCGUACAGACAGUCUGAAAGGGAGGAGAGGUCGGCUGCCUUCCAAACCAAAGAGCCCACUACACCAGGAGCCCUCCCAGCCCUCUCCACCUUCUCCUCCGCUCUGCAUGAUGAACGCCCUUGUCCGUGCUUUAACAGACUCAACGCCCAGAGAUCUUGACUAUUCCAGAUACUGUCCCACUGACCAGGCCACUGCGGGCACCGAUGCUGAGCAUGUGCAACAGUUCUACAACCUCCUGACGGCCUCCAUUGAUGUAUCCAGGAGCUGGGCAGAAAAGAUUCCGGGGUUUACUGAUCUCCCCAAAGAAGAUCAGACAUUGCUUAUAGAAUCAGCCUUUUUGGAGCUGUUUGUUCUCAGACUUUCCAUCAGGUCAAACACUGCUGAAGAUAAGUUUGUGUUCUGCAAUGGACUUGUCCUGCAUCGACUUCAGUGCCUUCGUGGAUUUGGGGAGUGGCUCGACUCCAUUAAAGACUUCUCUUUAAAUUUGCAGAGCCUGAACCUUGAUAUCCAAGCCUUAGCCUGCCUGUCAGCACUGAGCAUGAUCACAGAACGACAUGGGUUAAAAGAACCAAAGAAAGUGGAGGAGCUAUGCAACAAGAUCACAAGCAGCUUAAAAGACCACCAGAGUAAGGGACAGGCUCUGGAGCCCUCCGAGCCCAAGGUCCUACGAGCACUGGUAGAACUGAGGAAGAUCUGCACCCAGGGCCUCCAGCGUAUCUUCUACCUGAAGCUGGAAGACUUGGUGUCUCCACCUUCUGUCAUCGACAAGCUCUUCCUAGAUACCCUGCCUUUUUAAGCCAGAGCAGCCUAAGCCAGGAGCCACCUCCUCUGCUGGCACUCAAAAGGAUGGGUCUGGAUGCCUACCAUUUUCUAUCUGACCUUCAGAGAAAAAAACAGCUCCUGUAGAAAACAGACUGUUUUUGUUUUGUUCCUGGCACCUUUCCUUACAACUUAAAGCCAGAAAACUUGCAGAGUCUUGUGUUGGAGUUGUGUUUUAUA